GCCUGAACCCACUCACACCAACCCCCGGACCGGACUAGCCCCAAUCGAGUAUACCUGCAAUUAAAUCCCAUUUCGCACAACAAAGCUGAGGAGAAGGAAGCGCUGCGUUGUACCGUUGGAGUCCCUCGUUUGGCUCGUGCCUCAGUUCGGUCCCCUGCCCUUCCACCCUCAGCCCGUCCGUCGGUUGGUACGCUACUCGCCUCGCUCCCUAUAUAACUGUCACACCCCCUCCAGCUCCCCCACAGCCUGGUCUCCUAGAGGUAUACCCUAUCCUUUUGUUUCCUAAUUAGCUAUACUGGUCGCUAUCUAGCAGUGCCUGUCAUGGCUAUUGGCAACAUCUACGUGAUUGCUGGCGUCGCCGUCAUUGGCGGCGCCCUCUUCGGCUUCGACAUUUCGUCCAUGUCUGCUCAGCUUGGUGAAGCUUCAUACACCUGCUACUUCAACCAACAGGGACAAACCGAAGAUGGCUGUGGUGGUCCUCACCCUCUUACCCAAGGUGGUAUCGUUGCCGCUAUGGCCGCCGGUUCCUGGAUCGGUGCCCUCAUCUCUGGUUUCCUCUCUGAUCACUUCGGCCGCAAGUACACCAUCAUGAUUGGUUGCAUUAUCUGGCUCAUUGGUUCUGCUAUCUGCACUGCUUCCGUCAACAUUGGCAUGCUCAUUGUUGGCCGUAUCAUCAACGGUUUCUGUGUUGGUAUUGAGUCCGCUCAAGUUCCCGUCUACAUUGCUGAGCUUGCGCCUCCCUCCAAGCGUGGUCGCUUCAUUGGCUUCCAGCAGUGGGCUAUUACUUGGGGCAUUCUCAUCAUGUUCUACAUCUCGUACGGUGCCUCGUACAUUGGCAACAACAAGCCCGACGACUACAGCACCACUGCCUGGCGUCUCCCGUGGGGUCUCCAGAUGCUGCCCGCCGCCCUCCUUUUUGUUCUCAUGAUCCCUCUGCCCGAGUCUCCUCGCUGGCUCGCCCGCAAGGACCGCUGGGAGGAAGCUCGCACCGUUCUCGGUCUUGUUCACGGAAAGGGUGACCCCAACCACCCCUUCGUCGCCUACGAGUUGCAGGACAUCAAGGACAUGUGCGAGUUUGAGCGCCGCCACGCCAACGUCACCUACUUCGAUCUCUUCACCCCUCAGAUGCUCAACCGUACCAUGAUUGGUGUUUUCACUCAGAUUUGGUCCCAGCUUUGCGGCAUGAACGUCCAGAUGUACUACAUCACCACUGUCUUCACCAUGGCUGGCUACACUGGCCAGACCAACCUCCUCGCCUCCUCCAUUACCUACAUCAUCAACGUCUUCAUGACCAUUCCUGCUCUUAUCUGGAUGGAUAAGUGGGGUCGCCGUCCUACUCUGCUCGCCGGAUCCGUGCUCAUGGCUCUCUGGAUGUUCACUGCCGCUGGUCUUCUUGCUGUCCACGGUGUUCCCCAGCCCAAUGGUAUUGGUGGAGAUUUGUCCAAGUCCAUGCUCGUGUCUGGUGCCCCCGCCAAGGCUCUCGUCGCUGUCACCUACCUCUUCGUCGCCUCGUUUGCUCCCACCUGGGGUCCCGUCUCGUGGACUUACCCCCCUGAGCUGUUCCCUCUCCGUCUUCGCAGCAAGGGUACCUCGCUGGCUACCUCUGCCAACUGGGCCUUCAACACUGCUCUCGGUCUCUUCGUCCCUGUCGCUUUCCAGAACAUCACCUGGAAGACCUACAUCAUCUUCGGUGUCUUCAACGUCGCUGCCUUUAUCCACGUCGCUUUCCUCUUCCCUGAGACUGCCGGCAAGACUCUUGAGGAGACUGAGGCUAUCUUUGAGGACCCCAACGGCAUCAAGUACCUCGGUACUCCUGCCUGGAAGACCAAGGUUGCCACCAGUGCCACUCGCUACGCCGAACGUGGUGAUCUCGAGGCCAAGCGCGCUCUUGACGAAGAGAAGCCCCGUCUCGAAGACGCACCUGCUACCACCACCCCCACCGCCUAAAUGGGUUUGCACGAACAAGAGCGGAACCUAUAAAUACGUGUCGACCACUCGCUUGAGUGGAGUAUAAUUUGUUUAUUGUCCGUAAAGAUUGUGACGUUAAUGUCGUUAGUUACGAUCAUGUUAGACGCCUUGAUACCAAUAUUGAGUUUAUUUUGAUUAUUGCACUUUGUUCAAUUCCUAUAAAAUGUGAAUGUCAAGUGAUGUAAAUACAUAGCCCCAAACGCCGUAAUCAUGUUGUGUCAUGUAAGUCGUUCCCGUCGUCAUUUUCCACAUUGCUUGCAAGAUCCCAUUCAAUCCACCGUCGAAUUACACGGUCAACCUUCCUAACUGCCUCACGUUUUACCUCCACCUCAAACCAUUCGCGAUGCUCUCUCCCGCAUGCUUUGCAGCUGCCAAGAGAUGCUUUCAUGCCAAGACCUGCCAACUCGAUAUGGAUCAGCCUCUCUACGCGCUUACAGUGUGGCGUUUGGCCAUCUGAUAGGCCUUGUGGAUAAUAUCUUAGCACCUGGACUUCGUAGCCGCAUUGUCGCUGCCACUGGUUCAUUCGGCGCUGAACAUUCGCUGCACGGCCAAUUUUCAGCAGCAUGGUCUUGGAAGACGAAUAUGCCGAGACGGACGACGCGGCAUCUCCCGAAUCAGAGUCCGAGUCGGAGUUAUCAAUCAACGACUGUGCUGCUGCAAGCGGUGCCGUGUUUGUAGGCGUCAGCCAGAACAUGUAUAUGUACCCAGGCUCUUCUGCAUCAACGUAUGGCCGCGCCAGCUCAGUGAGCAGAGAAGAAGCAGUGGCGGCGGGCAGAUUAUUUGAGAUGAGAGAUUUGAGACGCGCGGUAUGUGAUUUGGCAGUAUGUAGUCGUGGUCGCCCAACCACAAUUUGCGGAGGACUCUGGUACUUUGGUGAGGCGUAGUGCUGAGCUGGAGCAGAGGAGACACGGCGGGGAGAUGUCGUUGGUCGGGGCCGUAGCGGUUGGUCGGCAAUUUCGUCAAUCGGGAUAGAAAAACAGCACAAUUGCAGACUGCUUGAUUGUUUCUUUCGCGAUGCAGUAGGCCGUCUAGGGUCCUUUUCGUUGAAGCCGUCGGGAUAUCGAUGUGCACGCUUGACUUGCCGCACUGCAGCUGGCGGUGGCCUCUUCUUUUCCUCCAGGUCCACCAAACCGAGCCUAUCCGCCAGAGUAUCAAUGCUAGUUCGCUCUUCGCGGAUAGGUUUCAUGCUUGGUUUAGGUCCCGGACUCGAGGCAGCUGAAUGAACUGCUUGUUCCUUGUGCUGCCAGCAGUACAGGCUUUCAUCGGAAAGGUCGAGCUUGGAGCGUUUGCGUGGCGGUGUAUUGCCUGUCGAUACAGAGCGGCGACAGGGCCGGCCAGCCGACGUGAUACCGCGACAUGUCGAAUUGGGAUCUUUGGAGUCGGAUCUGGCGAGGAGAGACUCGGGAGUAUUGGCGACGAAGGGCAUGGUGCCUUGUUCACGAAGAAGCGAGGUUAUGCAUUGAGAGCUGGCGCCGUAGCGGCUCAGGGUGUCGUGUGCUUUUUGAGACAAUAAUGAGACCGGACAAGUAAAUAAACAAUAAGUUUUGUAGGCAAAUUCUGUUUAGCUUAAGCCCUGUAUAUACAAAAGACAAGCCGUUGUGGUUUUGUUU